AUGCACGAGGAAUUCGAAGAAGCCAUAAAUGAAGUAUUUGACAGCCCAUCCGAUGUCAUCGUGGUUACCAAGCCAGGCGGCACAGUAGCUGUUCCUGGAACAAGUAAUCCGGCCAGUGGAACUACGCUACAAAAUGUGGGUGCCAGCCCCAAAACCAAGCUCUGGGCAUUUGCACCAGUACGCCCGAAGUACCCGUCCAAACCGACAGUUAGCAAUUCGAGUGUCAACGUCCUAUUCAUCCCGCCCUUGGGAACAGGAGAAUCUUGCCCACUCGAAAAAGAAGGAAAGAGAUCAUCCCAGUCGGUGAUGACAAGCAAUUUAGCAAAAGCGUACGCGGAAUCACAAUAA